GAAGUUUACAACCGGAUUGCUUGGUUAGUUUAUUGGCCAGAAGGUUUUGUUUUCGUUGUAUUCCGCAAACCAACGUAAAAAAAUUUCUGGGCGACGAUCAACCGAACGGCAGUCUUCAUCACGGCUAAGUACUUUAGAACCAGUACACGCUUUCAUUUGAUAAGUGGCUGCGUAGAGUAGGAGAGGAACGGGAUUGGAAAACACAAAGCUAGAUCAAUAUGCCCGAAAGCGGUCCAGUCUAUCAACCGACAACGGUUUCAUAUGAAACCAGGCCUAGUGCGGGCGGGUUAUUAGCACAAACUACGGCGGCAUCGUCCCUCAAAGCACUUCGCAACCCUGCCGCCCAAUUGUCGAUCCUCGUUUUUGGACUGGUAGCAUUUGCCACAGGAGUAGCACUCAUUGCCAGUGGUUCGGCGGACUAUUCGGACGCAGAGCAGCAUCCGGAAAUCAAUCCGGAUGGAAAGAUACACGAGGAGCGUAUCGACGUAGGGCUUAUUGUCGCUGGUGCAUUCAUAACAGUACUUGGCCUGGUGCUGCUAGGAUUAUACGUAAAAGUGGCUGAUUGGCGGCGCAGUUGCGUAUGUCCAUGUGCGCUGUCGAAGAAGCAGGGUUUGGCGCGCCAACUUCAAGGCAACGGAGGAGGACAAAUUCUGGCCCUCAACCCGAGCACGGAUCCGCUCGUGUCGCACACUCAAUAUGCACCGGUUUCAGAAAUUCCCACACGUCAGGAGGACGAAGAGCGACGAAAUCUGAUGCCAGAUAGCAAGGACUCAUGUUUGAGCAGUGCAGAAGAGUCCGAUCGAAUGCUCGAUACGGACCCACGUAUUGUCCUACGGCCUAUCGGCAGUUGUACCAUUGAGGAAGCCUAAAGAACAUUCACGCAAAUGGUAACCGGCGAGAGCUCUCGGGAACAGCCUCCGAGCAUACGAUAGUCUUAUUCAUCUCAUAUCCCCCUACUUCACACCAACUGUAUUCUAUCUCUUCUGGCCAUUUAAAAAACUUAAAAGCGUUUUAAGUAAUCAACAUUUACACCGAAUAUAUGAGAAUUACAGAAAUUAUCAUCGUGUGAACUAACCAUCCAAUUCGUAAUUUAUUUUUUAAAGCUCAUAGGUAAAUGGGAUUCCAGUUUGCAAGCACGGUUCUCACAGAAUGCUUCCUCGAGCAGGAAUAUAUCGCUUCAAUACAUUUUUCGAUAGAUUUUCUAGUAAAUGAUGUAAAGCAGGUUGUGGCGCUCGCAUUGAUUCCGGAUCCUACAGAUAGCAAUGAUAGAAGCGAGCACUUUAAUUCAUUGAUUAGUUUCACGCAUUAUUGUGAUUGAAUUUUUCACUAUUUUGAAUUUGGAAGACAAAGGCUCUGGAUAAAUGUGCUUUUAAAAUACAAUUUGGUUUUUAUUGGCUCCAGAUAUUUAAUGUUUUUGAAAAUGCAAAAAAUAAAGUAUGCAAGAGACAAAAUCCACUAGGUUCGGCCACCUACUUAGUUCUAAAGUCAUUAGUUUAAGACAUUUUACAUACUUAUGUGUAUUUUUAUUCACGAGGUGCAUUAAAAUCAGUCUACUUGAUCUGAUAUAGUUCGGUAUGCAAGUGAAUAUAUGCAGGAUCGAUUAACAGCUUAAUGCAACGGACGUAAAACAUAGCAAAACGUGGCUUUGGACACUCCGGCUAACUAGCGCUUUGGUGACAUUUGGAUGGCUAUUUUGAUCAUGAUUUACUUUCUCAUAUAUUUUAUAUUCACUGAUACAGAAUCUCUUUCAAGUGUUUGUGCAUUCCGAUUUUCUUUUUUAAAUACAUACUACAGACAGCCAUGCACUUUUCUGAUCAUAAAGAAGUUCUUCAGUUCUUUAAUAACACUUAGAAUAUGUGGAACACUAUUUAUAUUUUUAUAGGAUAUGCUCUUGUAGGAUGGCCCCAAAUCAAAUGUACUUAUCAAUUUAGUAACUAGAGCUGUCGUGUUUACAUUUAAACACGUAAAUAAGAUGUUUUAUCUUUAUUAGAAUAAUAAUACAAAAAGCAAAAGUAAAAAAACCUAUAUCAUCGCGUAAAAUUUGUACUUCUUAACCACUGAACAUGUGUGUUUUGAACUUUUUCGUGUGUGUUUGUCUCCUUUUGCCUCAUUAUUCACAUUAGCUGGCAUUAUAAUCGGCGAGCGAUCGUGGCGUUCAAUAGAGAGAUCCCUCCACCAUUCGAGGUCGAACGCGAUCUUGUUAAACCGGCCGGUCUUGCAUCGCCAUCGAUACAGUCACACCAUCC